AUGCACUACUGUAAAGGCGACAGUGACCAGGACUUGUGCCAUGAAGGCUCGGUCUGCGGUGAGAAGGGCUGGACGUGGCACAGUUCCACAGGGUGCUGCCACGAAAGCCCUGUGGACCUUUCCCCUUGCCACGACCCCGGCAGCCUCAGCCGCGACAUCGAGGGGUCCUGCCAGAGCGAGCCGCAAGCCUGCCAGCCCAUGGAGCCAUGCCCACCCCGGAGCUGCUGCCCGCCACAGCAAAGCUGCGAUUUCGGCAAGCCCCGGCGGCGGGUGGAGGUGAGCCAUGUGCAGCCCGUCUGCCCCCCACCCGUGAAAAUCCAUCGCCGGCCGCUGCAGCAGUACCGGCCACCCCUGCACUGCGAGGAGCCGGGUUGCUGUGGUAAACCCCGGCAGCGAGUGGACCAGUGCCCCGUGGAGGAUGUCUGUCCCCCCGUGAUGCUGCAUCCCCGGCAUCUUCAGCAUCGCUGCCCCUGCAUCCCUUGCUGCUGCCCACCCGUCCAGCGCUGCUGCCCGGCCACUGUGCCCCUGCCGCCGCAGCCCGUUCAGCACCAGCAGAAGCAGGUUCCUCUCUUGCCACCCUGUUUGCAGAAGAAAUAA